CAACAGUUAAUUAAAUAACAGAAUUUAAGAAUGAGUUUCAAUAAUAAAGUAGUAAUUGUUACGGGAGCCAGCGAUGGAAUCGGGGCAGCUACUGUCAUACAAUUUGCUAAAGAAGGUGCUGACGUUACUCUAGUAGGAAGAACCGAGGAGAAACUAGCGAAAGUAUCUGCAGAGUGCGCUAAAUACGGCAAAAAUCCUCUAGUGAUCAAAGCUGAUGUAUCGAAGGACGAGGAGGCGAAAACAAUCGUCGAACGAACAAUCCAGACGUUCGGUAAACUUGACGUCCUUGUUAACAAUGCUGGCAUAUUCUUCCUCGAUGAUAUUAUGAAGCCCAAUUUCAUGGAAACGUUUGAUUCUACAAUGAACACUAACAUGAGAGCAGUGGCGUUGAUCACACAUUUAGCUUGCCCUCACCUCGUGGAAACUAAGGGGAACGUUGUUAAUGUAUCAAGUGUUGCGGCUAGUAUUGUAAAAUAUCCAAAUAUUGUGUCAUACAGAACAUCAAAAGCGGCUUUGAAUCAUUUCACGCGAUGCCUUGCUCUGGAAUUAGCUCCUCAUGGCGUCAGGGUUAAUUCAGUCAGUCCUGGACCGGUGUACACCGAUAUAUUUAAUAAGGCUGGGCUUGCUGAAAUGGUGCGGGAUCUGGAAACAUCAACACCAUUGAAACGGAUGGGUGAGCCUGAUGAGAUAGCCGAUUUGAUUCUUUUCUUGGCAAGUGAGAAGGCGAGAAGUGUAACUGGUUCAGAUUACGUCUCAGACAAUGGCUCGUUAAUUUUGUAAAUAAAUUGCUAAUUCGACGAGUUUAUAUCCGUGAUGAAUUUUAUAUGUAUAUUAUUAAGUUUUUACAAAAUAUUGUACAUGACAGGAGAUAAUAAAAUAUUUUAUGUAUAA